AUGGACAUCCCCUCGGUGACCACGACCUUGUCUCACGACCGUCCCUGCCAUCCACAGUCUCCGCCAUCCGUUUCGUCUUCCACCACAACUUGUUCAGAUCGGUCCUUUCCUUCGGCUUGCGCUAGUGGCAGUGGCGAUAGCAGCAUCGACUACAACCACAGCUCGAAUCACUUCAGGCAGCAGUCGACAUCCUCUGGCAUCUCUCCUUGCCUCGAAGCUCAUGCUGGACAAGUAGCAGCACCUUCGUCCACAUCGCGUCGCAAUUUGUACCCGCUCUCUUCCGACAACCACGCCAUCAUUCAUAACAACGGUCACUCCAGUCCCGCCGACUCGCGCUUCGACAGUCUUCAAGACCUUCUCGAAAGAGCCGGGUACAAGGAGACGCGCGUUGUCACCCCUGAUCGUCAAUCGCUCGCAGGCAUGUUUGCCAAGAAGCUCGCCACUCCUCCACGCAAGCCCAGGCUCGUUGAUGACUUUUCUUCCGAUUCACCCUCGCUGGCGGCUAGCGAGCUGAGACGUGCCAUCCAGAAGAGCGCAGCCGCCGGACGCUCGACACCCAAAUCGGCGGCGACGAGCAAGAGUCUGCCAUCGCGCAACUACAAGCUGGCCACGCACGACGAUCCAUCCUCUGCCCCACCGCUGCCAAACGCGCAGACUUCGACCUCGAGUUGGUUCUCCAACAUUUGGCUUUUCGGGCCUGGCACCAUCCUCAAUGACGCUACCAGCUCUGCUAGCACAUCUGACUCACAGAGCAAGCCGAGCAGCCAAGUUGCUGCGACGCAGCAAGCCGAGCUUGAGAUCACAACAGCGUCCCCAUCAUUAAGCAACGCCGUAUCCGCAUCCACGUCGACAACACGCGUACCACCCACAACUGCCAAGCGAACAGCAACCAAUAACCCCGUCUGGACAGCCAGCGUCGCAUACAGAUCUGCCAAAUCCCGCACUGCCCCCGUCCGUAAGAGUGCCGCCAUCUCUUCGGACGUCUUGAGCAGCGAUGCAGCAGCCGAAGAGGCUUGGAAGGCGUUGCACAAUGCAGGCUCCAACGGCACCGCGAAGCGCCGUCCCGGUCUUGUCGACGCAUUUUCCAGUCCGACCAAGAAGCCAGCCAGUGGUGGAAAAGCUUGCGAGUCGCAACGCAGUCCGAGCCAGGGCAGUCCGAGCCAGGGCAGUCCGAGGCGUCAGCGCAAGUGGAGACAGGAGCGGGCGGCGUGGAGGGAGAGCUUGGGCGAUUUGCAAGCAAUGAUGGACCAGUCGCGUAUGCGGCGCGAGGCAGCUGCGGCAGCGGUGGAAGCAGAUAAGGGCGCCGUGGACGGGACAGCUGCCCUGGUCGAAAGCACAACAUCCGCAACCAACAAUGGGGCGAGCAACGAAGCUUCCACAGCAGGAGGUGCGACCGACGUCGAGUCUGCACCUGUCCUAUCACGCACCGACGACGAUGCAGUAGCAAAGCUGCUCUCUCGGCCGGCGCUGCCCUUCCUAUCCACAGACCCCGCUGUUGCGCCUCGCAACGCCUCGUGCACCCGUCCCACACACCUCAGUAUGCGACGCAUGAAGAGCGUCGAGGUUCUCUCCAAGAUCAUGCGCGAGCGUCGCACCGUCAUUCGUUCCCCCUCCGACGCCGCCCCCUCUCUGCCCUCGCAAACCGAUGGCACCUCUUUCGAAGUCGACUCGCAAGCCGGCCAAAUCAGUCCCACGCUCAAAAAGCGAUCCACACCGCCGCGGCUCACCGUCUCGUCGCCACGCGGCAUCUCGUCGCCCAAAGAGCUCGCACUGGAGGGGCACGAGUUUGAACCCACCUCGUGGUCUCCAAGCAAAUGCGAGGGUGCGAUCAUAAUCUCGAAUCGCAAGGUGCAGAAGAAGCCGCGCUCGAAACUGCGCCAGGUGUCGUCCGGGUCGGAUCUGCGCUCGGCUGCUGCUACUGCUGCAGCGGCGGCGGCGGCGGAGAAUGGGCUCAAGAUCAGUCGAAGGGGGAGGAGUAAGAGCAGGGCAGGUGCAGGUGCGGAUUCGCCGAGCAAGACGAUGGCGCGCGGACCUGUGGCAGCGCUGAUCCGCGGGUCCGCGGGGACGCUGUCGAGGGGACGCCAGAUAGCCGCUCUGCGCAACGACGUGCAUGUCUUCGACGACAACAUCGCAGCAAUGUCAGGAGCAGACGACUCGCCUACGCGCCGAAGAUCCGAACGCGUGCUCGCGCUCUCGCACGCAUCCAACUACACCCCGCAGGCGACACCGACGCCAGACGACGUCGACGACAUCUUCCGCCCGUCCCCUUCGCUACGGAAAAAAGACCUGUCGGCGCGCAUCACACGCACCAGCAAGAUCAUGCGCCUGAUCGAGGAGGCCGAAAACAUCCCCUCGAUCGCAUCCAUGAUCUCCACAAGGCAACCCCCACCGCGUCCCAUCUCCACCUCCUCCUCCUCCUCCACCGACUUUGCCGCCGCAGCCGACCCAGGCACGGGCCAAGGCCUCUCCAGCUCGCUCAGCCGCAAGAGUCGCGACCGCAUGCAUACCAUCACAAGAGUGCUCGGCCAGAAACAACCCCUCGCCUCUUCGUAG